CGCAGAAGACGUACAAGCCAAAGUUUGACAUGGACAAAUACACAAGACCCCAAACCGGCGCACCUAAGUCUCAUGACGCAUACGUAUACACAUCACAUGAAUCAGCCAAUCAGUCAGUCGGUCUUGUGCUGGGCGUCUGCCUUGCCCUUGGCCCCCUUCCUCUUGCCGCGAUAGUUGGCGAUGUUCUCGGCACGCUGCUCCUGAACGGUGAAAAGAACACCACACAGACAGACAGGCACCCAUACAGGUGAGCACACUGGCUGCCUGGCUGCCGGGUUGCUUUUUGUGUCUGCGAGUCUACCUACCUGUCGUUCCUUCUUGCCCUCCUCCACGGCCUUGUUGCGGUCAGCCCUGAACGCACACACACAGACAGACAGACAGACAGACAUGCCAUUUUGAGCAUCGCUCGGCAGAGGUCCUGGUCAUCGUGCCACCAAUUGAGGAAGUCCAACGCCGACAAGCAGUCCAACAGAUUCUUGCACACAUGCGACAAGGGAAAGACGGCAGCGCGCAAUCGGUACCUCUCGCGUGACACUUCUCAGCAUGUCAUUCCUCGUCUGCAGCACCCGGCAGCACUGUGCGCUCAGCCGACUGCUGGAAACCGCCGUCCAGCAACUGCAGCACAUGCAGUGUGUUUCUCGGUUCCUUACGGCUUGGAAGAAGGUGUAUUGCUGCGGCACGGCCUCCGAUAUGGUCAGAGUGUCCUCAGAGCCCUCGAACUUGACCGAGAUGGGCUGACUCGCAGAUGACGCCGACAGAGAUGCUGCAACACCUGACUCCAAUUACGCGCCAGCAGGCCUCCACUGCCCCUCAAAGGCUCAAAGCAGAAACGAAAUUGCCAGCCGCACUCGGGUGCGUAGGGUUGGCCGUGUAACGUUUGGCAAGAGAAGCCGAACGGGGGUGGCGGCCAUCAUGAUUUCUGGGCUCGAACAGAAGCAUUCGUGUCAG